AUGUCCGAGCCGGAAACCCGUCGAUCCGCCAGGGCCACGAAGGGCCAGCACAAGGCGUUGGAGCAGCUCGACCAGCCCAUCGAGGUUCCGAAGCGUCGCGGCACCAAAAAAAGCAAGAAGGCGGCACCCGAGCCAGAAGAACCCGAGGAGGAGAUCAUUCGCUGCGUCUGCGGCGCGACAGAACAAGAUGAAGACUCGGGCGAGCCGUGGAUCGCAUGCGACCAGUGUGGCGCCUGGCAGCAUAACAUCUGCAUGGGCAUGAGCCAGUACACCGAAGAUCUGCCCAAGGAGUACUUCUGCGAGCUAUGCCGGCCCCAGAACCACAAGGAGCUGCUCGCUGGCAUCGCGCACGGCGAGAGGCCGUGGGAAGCCCGCCGCAGAGCGUACGAGGAGGAGAAGGCCGAGAAGAAAAAGAAGGGUCCAAAGAAGGGCAAGAAGCGGACGAGCGAUCUCAAGGAGGAUGCCUCCCAACAUCCGAAGCAGUCUCCACCGCCGCCUCCCGAGGCUAAGAAGGACGCCAGGGCUGUUGGUAUGAAGCGCAAGAACGGCGAGGUCCCGCAGGACAAGGAAAGCAAGAAGAUACGCAAAGUCAAUGAGACGCGAUCCGUUCCUGUGCCAAGCUACUCGCCUCCCGCGGAUAUUCCUGACAACAUCAUUGGCCUGCCAGAGGCACGUCAAGGCCCGGCAAAGCUAUUAUCAAAGUCGUUGGUUGCCUCAAUUGGAGUAGCUGAGAAGAAUGGCGCCCACCCCUCUGACGGUGUGUCCGUCGCUGACCGUGCGGAGCGGUUCGCCCUGCAGAUUGAGCGCGCCGUGCAUGACACUCACGCCAACGUGGCGUCAUAUGCCAGUCAGGUCCGGACACUGGCCUUUAACUUGAAGAGCAACGCCGAGCUCACUAUCCGGCUUAUUGACCGAACAUUGACUCCCCCCAUGCUUGCCUCCAUGUCAACCGAGGAGCUGGCUUCCAAGGAACUACAGAAAGAAACGGCCGAGAUGCGUGCAAGAGCAGAGAAGCAGGCGAUUAAGAUCACCGAGGAUGUCCCACGUGUUCGGCGAACUCAUAAAGGGGAUGAGAUCAUUGGGGACGACGGCCUCAUCACCAGCGAGGAAGUGCCGUCUGGGCCAGUUGGGCGGCCAAGCGCGCCAAAGAAGGAGCCCAAGGAGGCGCCGGACUCCCUGCCUCAAGCCGGACACCGGCCUUCUGCCGCCGGACUCACGGUGGCCACGCAAAACUCUCCCGCCAGAGCUGAUUUCGACCUCAACAAGGUCUUCUCGAGCGUAAAGUCACCGACGCUUCCUCAGGGCCAGCCGCGUGCAUCAUUUGCAGCCGCGCCAGCCGUCGGGCCUGGAGUGGAUCCAGAUGUCGAUCGACUCUUGGACGACGGCACACAGUCUCCUCCGUACUCACCUAAGGAGGAUAACGAUCCAGACGUAGUUUGGCGAGGGAACAUCAUCAUGAAUACGAUUGCCGAAGUCCAAGUCGUCGCCAAGCACAUAGGCGGUGCCAACUUGAGCGAGACAAUUGGCCUGGCCUGGGACAAGCUCCUCCCUCGGAACCUGACGGUUUGCGGGCGCAUCGAUGAACAGCAAGCCAUUGUUUACCUGUGCGGACUGCGAUAUAGCUUGCCGACCGAUGUCGUGGUUGUCAGCUUGGAACCGACCACGCCGGCAGCGAAGGCAUCCAUGCAGAAGCUGAUCGAUUACUUCGUCUCUAAGAAGAGAUACGGAGUCGUGGGAGACAAAGGUGUUGCCAAUGUCCGCGAUACUUAUCUCGUCCCUGUGCCCGCCGGCACCGGCAACCAACCCGAGUUCAUGAUGAACUUGGCGGACAACUUCAUUCCUGACACGAGGGAGGAACCGAUGUUGCUCUGCGUUAUUGUCUAUCGCAACGACCCUGAGACCAUUCAACGUAUCCACGGCACAACAGAUCCCAAUCACUCCCUGAGGAUGCAUCAGGCUUUCGCCCAGGGCUCUGGUCCUGUCCCGUCACCUGGAACUCCGACACCCCCUCAGGGAGGGUUCCCGCCUGCAAGCCGGCCGUCAGUCUCAGCACCCGCAUUUUCACCAACUUCUCCGCAGGGUCCGUUCCCGCAAUACCCGUCGCCUAGGAUGGCCGGGCCCGUGUCACAGCCCCAGCCGCCGUCGGCCCCGACUACGCAGGCCGCGAACCAGGCGCCAAACGUGGAUGAGUUGCAGCGGCAGGGCGAAGCUAUUGCCCGUGAAGUACUUGGCCAUCUCAUUACCAGCCCGACAGUAUCGUUUUUGUUACCGCAGGCGCACGGGAUGUCGCGUAGGGAGUGGGAGGUGGUCAGAAACUUCUAUGAAAAGGAUCCAAGGACCCGGGACGACCUGCCGUAUCUCAGCGCCGUCCUGGAGAAAGAGGGACAGCAGCAGAGGCAGCCCUCGCAACCUCAGCCUGCGCCCCAGGCUCAAGCGCUGCCGCAAUCCCUCACUCAUCAACAGAACCGCCCGCAACCCCAACACAUGCCACCCCAACCUCAGCCCCAGCAUCAACCGCAUCAUCAACAUCAGCCCCACCAUCCUCCGCAUCCUGCACGCAACACUCCUAUCCCGCCGCCUCCGAUCCCUCCAGCCGCUGCCGCCGGACCCCCAAGGCAAACACCCAUCCCACCGCCGCCCAUCCCGCCGCAAGCAACGGCGAAUUCUGGGGCCCCGCCGGUGUAG